UUUCCAUUUCUUCAUUUUCACCCCCCAAACUAAACAUCCAAUACCUGUCCCCAGAUUCUUCCCAUUCCCCCCAAGGCAUCAAAAAUGUCAACAAAUCCAACCAUAGAUUCUUGUACAGUUGAAACCAGUGAUGGGGUCAAACUCCAUACCACAAUCUUCAAACCAAACCAAUAUGAAGAACAAGAAAAAAAUUCAUGGGUUGUGAUUUUGGUGCACCCAUAUUCAAUAUUAGGGGGUAGUCAAGGUUUAUUAAGAGGAAUAGCAAAUGGGUUGUCAAGAAAAGGGUAUAAGGCUGUGACCUUUGAUAUGAGAGGUGUUGGAAGAUCAACUGGGAAACCUUCUAUUUUUGGGUUUAAGGAAAUUAAGGAUGUGGUUGCUGUUUGUAAAUGGUCAAUUGAAAAUCUCUCUGUGAAUAAGAUUUUGCUGGUGGGUUCUUCUGCAGGUGCACCAAUAGCAGGAUCUGCAGUAGAACAGGUUGAACAGAUUGUAGGUUAUGUAAGUAUUGGGUACCCUCUUGGUUUGAUGGCCUCAAUCCUCUUUGGUCGACAUCACAAAAACAUAUUAAAAUCUCCCAAACCAAAGCUCUUCAUCAUGGGCACGCAAGACGGAUUCACCAGCAUUAAGCAGCUAAACAACAAGCUUAGAUGUGCAACAGGACGUGUCGAGAAACAUCUUAUUGAAGGUAUUGGCCACUUUGAGUUGGAAGGGCCUGCCUAUGAUUCUCACAUGGUAAAUCUUAUUGUAGAUUUCAUUGACAGUUUAUAGGGUUUCCACUAUCCACCUGGUGUUGCUUGGGAAGCGUUAGCCGUUUAGGCAUUAUCAUAAAAUGGUGCUUUCUGGCUGGUCUUCGAUGGCCUUCCGCUGAGCGGAUAUGUGGAUGUACGCUAUGAUGAUCCAGAUAAAUGGUGUGUUUCUGAACCCAUAUAGUUGACGAACCAUGUUAAAUUUACGACACCUGAUUCUUACGAGAGAUUUGGGGGCUGUUUUUGAGGUGGGAGAUAAGGUUUUGGUUAAGGAUGGCUACUGCUUUCAUGAUCCUAAGUUGUGUAUUUAGUUGCAUUAUCUCUUGGCUGUGCAGAUUAGGUCUCUUGUAUUGUUGGUGGUUUCUUUCAAUCAUCUUGUAUGAGCUAUAAUAGGGUGUGUUAGAACAGCCUACACAAGGUUGGCAAGAAAAGGAAUAUCUUUCUUUGUUCUUUCUU